CUUAGUCAACCUUGAAAAUGGAGUCUACGUUCAUAUUGCGUGGAUGAUCGCAAUGAAGAUAACUACUCCUAUAAGCAGUCUAUACUACAGCGUAUAUAUCGUGGCUCUGCAGGAUCUGUCAGGACUUCGCAUCCGACCUUCCAAAACCUGGUCAACUUGAUUGGAAGCGCGUUUGUCGCAUUAUGCAGCAGGGUGAUUCCAGGUUGGAAUAGCACUGGUCUGGAAUAACACCCGUGUGCUAUUACACUCUAGAUCUAGUACAUACCUUCCCCCCUCCCUCGCUCACAAUGUCCCUCGUCCCGCUAGACUACGGCUCCUCAUCCGACUCAGACGCAGACUCGGAACCAAACAAUAUCCCCACUCCUGAGUUACCACAACAACAACAGCAACCAUCCUCGUCCAAACCACCACCAGCCUCCCUCUUCGCAAACCUCCCUCCUCCAUCCUCACGCCAAACGAACGCACUUCCACCACAACCAUCCAAAAACCUAUUCGCAGCUCUCCCGCCGCCCCGCUCAGCGUCCUCCUCCUCCACCACCAACCCACCAAAACGACCAAACGCCGACUCUGCAGACCGCGACGCGAAACGAGGGAAGAGGGUGAAGAUUUAUGUUGACCUGCCUCGUGUUGGGGAUGACGAGGAUGAGGAUGACGACACGAAGGGAGGGAAGGGAGUGGGAGAGGGAAAGCCCGCGUCGUCAGCUGUAUCAGAUCUCUUCAGUAGAUUACCGCCGCCAAAGAAGAGUGCCGGAGGAGGUGAUGUUGGGAUUCCACCCGAAACAGGGGCGGCGUCAGCGUCAGCGUCAGGAGUACCACGCACGGCUCCCCUCGCAUCAACACCCAUGGUACCAUAUACCCUUUCGAAGAAGAAUAAGAGCAAGCCCAUGGGUGCAACUGGUGGAAGUGGGACGAUAAACAAACCGCUGCCUCCAAGCAACGAUCCAGUCGAUGACGAGGAUGAAAUCGGCGCGGACGAGUUCUUCACACUAUCAAACCCAACACCAACCUACACAGAAGACGAACCAACGGCAUCCGCAUCAGCAGACUACACAUACACCACCCCCUCCGCAUCCGCCCAAUACGCCUACUCCGCCUCCGCUCAAUAUGCUUACACCCCGGAAGUAUACGGGGUAGAAUCCUACCCGCCAGAAACAUACCCCUCCGGCCCCCACCCAUUCCCAAACCUCCCCUCCAACCUCCCCCACGACGCCCUCCGCGCCCUCUCAACCCCCUCCACCUCCUCCCACGAAAUCAACAUCACAGAAAUAACCCAAUCCUCCCUCAUCGACACCCACUGGACCCCCGACACCUCCAAACGGUCCUCCACAGCAGUUGGUCACGGAGGUGGUGUGAGUAAGGCGGGGAAACGCAAACAUACCAUCAUGGCCCUCGCGGUGGAUGCAAGGGCGAGGCAGGAUGCGCUUGCGGAGGCGGCGGCGCAGAAAAGGGUUACAAAGGCGGCUACGAGGGCAAAGUAUGGGUUUUAGGGUGGUGGGUAGGAUGGGGAUGGGAUGUGGGAUGUUUUGCAAGUCUUUUAGGGGGAGCCCUUUGUCAUAUACGCUUUUGUUUUUGUGGGAUGUACAGUAACACUUGGGAUGGAAUGUACAGCUGUACGAAUGGCAGAUGAGUCCAUGGGGUCCGUUUCCCUGUCUUGUUCCGUUCGCCGCCCCCCUACCCGUGAAUCUGUUAG